AGUUGUUUUUGAGAAAAGAAACAACUAUAUGUUAUCGAUCAAGUGGUAUGUCGCUUGCACCAAUUAGAUAGAGCAUAUUUGAUUGAUAAACUUUGGGUUGCUCUUUUAGCUAAGGUCGAAAAGAUAAAGAUAAAGAUAAAAGGAAGAUUUGGUUUGCUUUCCACCGUAAACUUAAUAACGUGUGUGCAGAAGCACCAAUUAUGAGAGCCUUCACGCAUGCUAGCGAAGUCUCAUUCGCAUCCUUUGUUUGCUCUCGUCUCGCCGAGGGGAUGGGGGAGAGAGCAUGUUGCUUGACGAGACCAAAAAAUGGCUGAGAAGGAGACUACCGGUAAAAGUGGCACCAGUACAGUUUAUUUCUACAUAUAACUGUUUAAACAACAGCGACAACAGACCUCAGAAUACCUGUGUCUGAGUUUUUUUUGAUAUAAAUCGAAAUGUCUUUUAACUCUCUAUCGAACGGUAUUUUUGUCCGAAACCUUGAAAGCUAAUGCUCUUUAUUCUUCUACAAAACCGAAAAAAUCAGCAACUCCAGUUGUUCUAUCUCAGUCUACCCAUCCAAAAAAAUAAUUCUUGCAUGCGUAGGAUGCCUAUAUUUUAUUGUACGUUUCGAAACAGGCAUUGGUAGGGAAAAUGGAGGCCAAAAGUUUACUUUAAUUAAACAGUUAAAUAUAACUUUUUUUCUCCAGAAAUUACCUAAACCCUCGCCUGUUAACAGUUAAAUGUUUUUAGGUUGGGGGUUGGUGUAGGUGCGCUGAUGCUCAGAUACUGACGUUAACUCAUUUGUCUUUUUUAUAUGCUUAUUCUUGACAAUAUUUAUAAUAUUGGGAAGGAUUCUUUCUCACCGUAGGAGAUUCUUGACUAUCAAAAAAUGAAGAUGGUGUACUCAGGGAGUCGUUAAAAAGCUCUUUGCAUAUUUUUAGUUUGAGUUUCAACCAGCGAAACACGUUAUUCCUAAUGCGAAAGCGUAGUUACAAGAGUAGGCUUUGGCCUGUGAUAUUUUGCGAAAUGUUAAUUAGUUCUUAGAAAAAAGGGAUCGGAUGAUCCUAUACCGACGUUUCUUUAAUUACAAUUUAGUUGUUCUUUACAAUUUUUGUAAUGAAGACACCCUCUCUAGCUCGUCGGUAAAGAACGUUUGGGUAUAAUUCUAUUGCACACUCGAUCAGAGAUUCUUAUCAACCCAAAAAUGUGGUAAUGUACCCGAGCACUCGUUACAAAGUUCUUCGUUUAUUUGCAGUUUGAGCUUCAGCCAGUGAGUAGCAUCAUUCCGAACGCGAAAACGAACAUACAACAGCAGGCGUUAUGCAGUGAUAUAGACGAACUGGAAAGCCGUUUUGAUGAUAUUCGAAACACCCAAGCUCUCGCUGAGGCAUACCUUGAGAAUGAAGAAGAUGAUGAAGUUGACGAUUUUUGCAGCGAGCUCACAGAACUUCAACAGAACUUUAAAGAAGUAAUUAAAGCGUUGAACAGCAUGGAAGGACCAAAGAAGAUUAAGGAAUGUAUGGAAGCAUACAAGAAUGCUCGUGGAGGACGCGCUACAAAGGGAAAAUUUGGUCGUGAAUGGAAGAAAAUACUUAAACACAAGGCACCAGUUGCCACAAUCAAGCUGCCUUCAGGAGUUCCUCUAACGAUUGUUCUGUUUGGAAAGACUGGGAACGGAAAAAGCGCCACUGGAAACUCAAUAAUUGGUAGUGAAUGUUUCGAAGACAGUCCAUGUGGCGGGUCUGUGACGAAAUUUUGCAAUGCAGCCAAGAGAACAGAUGAAAGAGAGGUGACCGUAAUAGACACCCCUGGAAUCAUGGAUACGGUCCCAAUUUCGGCCUGGGAAAAAGCUAAAGAAGUUGCCAAGAACGUGACUGGUCUUUUCAAUGAGAGACAACAAGACAUUCUCCGAGAACUCGCCAAGGUUUUUGUCAUGUCCCCCGACGGUCUUGAUGCUAUUAUCAUUACCAUUAAGUAUGGUGGCAGAUUUGGACGCGAUGAUGCCGAAGCUCUGAAAAUGCUUAAAUCGUUUUUUGGCUCUGAAGCCCAUUCUUACAUCAUUUUAAUUCUGACACAUGGCGACCAGGCUGCCCGCGACGCAAAGAAAAAGAAGAGGAGCAUCGAAGACCAUUUAAAAUGGUACAUCACUACCUUGCCAGAUUUUGUUCAGAAAUUUAUCACGGAAAUAGGAGAAAGGAGAGUGCUGUUUGACAACAGUUUGGAUCCCGACGAAAAACCUGAUGAUCGUAAGAAGCAAGUCUCCAAGUUACUUCAGAUUAUUGACGAGGUGAGGAAGCAAAAAGGGCCUUUCAUACACAACCUGACCGGUGCGUCUAGAGAAGUGCUUGACAAGCAAAUAAAAAAAGCGAUGGACGAGAGUGGAUUGACGAGGCAGGCAGAGGAUCUUCGUCGAAAAGAAGAAGAAAUUAAAAGGCAACUUGAAGACAAAGACAAAAGUGAUGACGAGAAACGUAAGUUGAGCGAAAACGCUGUUGAACUGAAAGAGGAACAGGCGAAGUUGGAAGCCGAAGUGCAAAAGCUGGGGGACGAAUCUAAACAGGUAGUACUUUACAAAGCUUUAACUCCUGAAGGAGGAGAGCCAACCGAGGCAGUGAUGGACGCUAUUUCUAGCUCUUGGGGUAUUUAUGAUAUUCGUGGUGGUGGUGGUAGUGGUGGUGGUGGUAGUGGUGGUAGGGGUGGUUGGGGUGGUGGUGGAUGUUACCCUUGCUCAGCUAUUGUCUAUGAUGCAAAUUCUCGGAGAAGACGAAUAGAAUCUUUGAAAGUUGGUGACGAAGUCCUCGUCAUCAUAAAUAAUGGCAUCCAAUCCGCGCCUGUUAUCACCUUCAUCCACCGUCAGCCAGAAAUUGUGGAAGAAUUUUUAAAAAUUGUCACCACAAAAGAGAAAGUCCUCCUGAUAACUGCUGACCACCUCCUGUUUGUAGAAGUAAUGGGCCAAGCAACAGUAAUCCCGGCCAGAGAUGUUAAGAUCGGAGACACAGUGUACGUGAUGGGGAGCCACGGUUCAGAGAAGGAUUCAGUUCGGAACAUCAGCAGUGUCUACGAGAAAGGUGCCUACGCCCCAGUAACCCUGAGUGGGACUAUUCUGGUCAACGAUGUGCAGACCUCCUGUUACUUUGAUGUGCUGUCCCAUGAGUAGUCCCACCGAGCCAUGGGCAUUGCUCGCGCCCUGUAUUAUGUGUCUCCAUCGCUGGUGCAAAGGAUCGGUGCUAUUGGAGAAAAAGAUGGAUUCCCAGGUUGGUGCAGACUGGCUCAUACAAUGUUGACAUUGCUCGACUAAUAUGAACAAGAAAUUUAACUCUUGACAUUUCUAGAGACGUUUUUUUUAUUUUAUACUCAGUGUAAUCGUGAAAUAUAAAACAAGAAAGUAUUCGUAAUUGUAUUAGCUUGAAUUUGGGGCAAAAACAGAAACCGUCUUUCUUUUUUGAAUUUUCACUUUAAAUAGAUUAACAGCAUUGGGUGUUGAUGAAUAUUAAUCAAUGACAAAGUUGAACUUUACCUUAGUGUUUAACCGUGUACGUAACUCCCAGUAGUGACCAAAACAGAAUUUCUCCUUACAAUAUCAAUACAAUAUUAAGCAGACUAGUAAUGAGAAAAGGAAAAAAA